AUGGAGGGAGUCAAACCACCAAGUACCAAGCAGGACAAGAACGAAGAGGCACUGACCAAGUAUGCCGCUUUUCUAUGUGGUCUCAUGCUUUUAGUUAUCGCCAUUCGCUGGCUGCGCAAUAAUCACAUCACAUCUCCACAUCUGAAAACAUCAGCGUCAUUACCGACUUACGGGCGUGAGGCCUGUUUCCUGGUGUUCCAAAGUCUCGAAAGACGUCUACCGGACUCGUGGUUCGGCCGACCUUCCUUGGGGUUCAUCUUGAUGAUCAGCGUCUACCUUAUUGGCAACGUCGCUUUCUGCUCAAAUAUGCUUGCGAUGCCCCAGCUAUUGAAUCACUGGGCUUCUCGAUUUGGAUGGAUGUGCGCUGGUAACAUGGGGCUAUGUGUCUUUUUUGGCCUCAAGAACACGCCUUUGGGCCUAUUUGCCUCAGUUUCGCACAGCCAACUGAAUAUCCUACAUCGCUUUGUGGGCUAUACCACGGUAUUCCUUCUCGCACUUCACGCUCUUGUAUACACGAUACAUUUUGGUCGUCAAGGUCGUUUGGUACAGUUGUUGAAGAAGGAGGAUCUCGAGGGCAUGGGUGCCGGCAUUGCCAUGCUUGUACUACUGAUGGGAGUGUUCAGACACAAGCACUACGAACUGUUCUAUGCCAGCCACGUUAUCGGCUUCGUGGCGGUCGUUCUCUUGACAGCCCUGCAUAGGCCAAUUUGGGCGAAGAAGAUCCCGACGGUGAUGCUCAUCAUAUUCAGCGUAUGGGCAGUGGACCGACUCAUACGGCUGAGCAAGUUGUUUCGUAACCUCGUCAACAAUUCGGCGACAGUUUAUCCUCUUCCAUACAAUGGAACACGAAUAGUGCUCAAGAAGCCUGGGAUGGAAAACUCCUUGCCUGGAUUCCACUGCUUUUUGUGGAUUCCGGGACUUCGAUUGAUUGAGACUCAUCCAUUUACUAUCGUUAGCAAUGACUCUUCUGGUCUGGAGCUGGUCAUGAAAUCCCAUGAGGGCUUCACCAAAGCUGUCGACAGCUUCGCAAGCCGAAAUCCCAGGACUUCUCUGUGGGCAUCCAUUGAUGGGCCAUAUGGCUCACUACCAGACGUGAACAACUACGAUAAACUGAUCCUCAUCGCUGGUGGAAGUGGGGCUGCCUUUACCUUUGGGGUCAUUAACCGUAUCAUGAUGCAGCGUGAAAAGCCCGCGAUCCAAUCUAUCGAGUUUGUAUGGGCUGUGAGGCGUAUUGAACAGUUGAGUUGGUUUCGCAGACAUUUAGGUAAUCUUACGGAGUCUCCAUAUCCCAUCAACCUCAAGAUCUAUGUAACGGGGGAACGGUCUGCAUCUGGCUCAUUACGUGACGACAUCGACACUCCAGAAUCUUCGUGGGGAACGGAAAGGGAAAUUCUACUAAGAGAGGAUGCUUUCGACUAUGAGACAAUCUCUGCAAUGGACGAUUUAUGCGUGUCGGCCUGUGGAGGGGUUGAUAAUGAGCUGAAAUCCAGCUCAUUUUUGGAGAAGCUGGAUGUCGAUGGGACAAUUAGAAAGGCCGCGCAAGCGUCUGGAAGUCAUGACCGAGUGCUGGUCUUGUCUUGCGGACCGAAGUCGCUCAUGGAAGCCGUGCAAGAUUCGUGCAGGGUUGAAACUUUAUAG